CCUGGAGUGGAGCCCUGCGUCGUGUCCGCAGAGUCCAGUACGGAGGAAGUGCAGGGACCCCUAAGGUCAAGGCCUUUGAGGGCCACCGGGUGGAAUGAAGCUCCAGGGGCCCCUCGGCUGUAGCCGGGGCUGAAGGGAGGCAGAGGUGGGACACUCCUCUCCCGCAUCGAGAAAAGCCGGCAAGACGAAGGAAACGUGGAAUUCCGAAAUCCCCCCCGUGGGUUUACUUCGUCACUUGCUGCUCAGAGGGAGAGGAAGGGGCUUAAGCGACCGAUGGGAAGAGCACAAAGGCCACGUGGGGCACAAGCGACGUUCAACACCCCUGCUCAGCCACUGGAACAAAACUGAAUACGGUUCCACUAAGUUUAAACGUUUAUUUACAACUUAACGGCAUUGAAACCAAAGGGAGAAAUAAGAGCAGGAGUCCUGGAGGCCCCCAUGGAAAGCAGCCUUCUCUCUCUCUGCUCCCGGGGGGCCCCAAAGCACCCACCGCCGGCCUCUCUUGGGCCCACAGGUGCCGAGGGCGGAGGGGGCUCUUCCCAAAGUGGGCAAAACAGGCGGUUGGCCACUACUGUGGGCAGGAGGCUCCCACCACCUCGCCUGUUUUUGGUUGGCUUCCCAGGGGAAAGCUUGGGGUCCACCCCCGCCCCCAGUCGAGGAGGAAGAGCCGAGCUUCGGGCCCAGGGCCCCCCCUGGAGAAGAUCCGCUCAAGAGGGGGCUGCUUGCAAGAACCGCCAAGCUGCCAGUGGGCGCAACUCUGCCAGGCGGGGAGGCGGGAGGAGCCUAAAGGAGGAAGCGUGGAGGCACCUGGCCCGAAGAUGCAGACGCCCGCACGGGCCGUAGGGUCAGGGGAACCCGGGGAAAGGGGCAGAGCCUGACCCAGAGGGGCUUCUUCCAGAAGGCAACUGGGCCCCCUGGGUUUCUCUUCUCGUCCCAGAAGACGGAGGGAGAACUGACGAAGCUUCUUGGCUGAGAAGCGAAACGUUUUCAAGGGGAACAAAAGGCAAGAAAGCCCAGCUGCCUCUCGGAAAAGGCCCCCUGGGACAAGUGUGGCCUGGAGGGCGGAGACCCUUCCCAGAGGGGGCCUCAGACAGGGCCUUUGCCCAAGGAUUUCUUUAGAGAGCUCCCCCUGGCCGCCCCUCUCGCCUUGCAGGAGGAACUCUGUUGUCCGUCUGUCUGUCUGUCCUCCUUCUGCCCCCACAGGUCCCGCCAUGAAAGCCCUGGUGGUCCUCCUGGGGCUGGCCGCCCUGGCCGUCUCCUGCCAAAGCCAAGACGUCAGCCCUGCAAGCAGCCCCCAGGAGCCGGAGCCCCCCAGGGAAGCUGGGCAGGAGGAGGAGGAGGAGGAUCCCUUCUACAGGAGCCCCAUCAACAAACUGGCUGCCGCUGUCUCAAACUUUGGCUACGCCCUCUUUCGCCAGCAGUCCGGCCAGAACCCCUCGGCCAACGUCCUGCUCUCCCCCUUCAGCCUCGCCACAGCCCUCUCGGCCCUCUCGCUGGGUGCGGGUGAACGGACGGAGGACGUGAUCUCGCGGGCCCUUUUCUACGACACGCUGGACAAGGCCAACCUGCACAGCACCUACAAGGGGCUCCUGGGCAGCAUCGGUGCCCCCAGCAAGGGUCUGAAGACCGUCUCCCGCCUGGUGAUGGAGAGAAAGUUGAGAAUGAGAAUGGCCUUUGUGAACGAGCUGGAGAAAUCCUACAGCUUCCGGCCGCGGGUGCUCAGCGGAAACGCCCGGGCAGAUCUGCAGGAGAUCAACCAGUGGGUGCAGCAGCGGACAGGGGGCAAAGUCGUCCGAUUCCUGGGGGAGAUCCCCGUUGGGCUCAGCAUCCUCCUGCUGGGGGCCGCCUCUUUCAAAGGGCAGUGGGCCACCAGGUUUGACCCCAAGCUGACCAAGCUUCAGGAUUUCCACCUGGAGGAAGGGCGCAGCAUUCGGGUGUCCAUGAUGUCGGCCCCCAGAGCCAUCCUGAAAUACGGCUUUGACUCUGAGCUCAGCUGCAAGAUCGCUCAGCUGCCCCUGGCCGGAGGGCUCAGCAUCAUGUUCUUCCUGCCCGAGACCCUCACCCAGAACUUCACCCUCAUCGAGGAGAGCCUGACCGCCGAGUUCGUCCACGACAUCGACAAGCAGCUCAAGACCGUCCAGGCUGCGCUGAGCGUUCCGCGGCUGAGGCUGGUGACCGAGACGAAGCUGGGGGAGGCGCUUAAGGAAAUGAGGCUCCAGGCUCUCUUCUCCACGCCGAACUUGGGCAAGAUCUCCGCCAAGGCCCUCCGGCUCUCCCACGCGCACCACAAGGUGGCCUUGGAGCUGGGGGAAGACGGGGCCAGCGCCAUGUUUCCCUCGGAGACGGAAGCCGCUCGGCUGAACUUCCCCAUCGUCUACACCCUGGAGAGGCCCUUCCUCUUUGUGCUCUACGACAACGACACCGGCACCCUCCUCUUCAUCGGGAAGAUCCUCGACCCUCAGCAGGCCUAGAGCGCUCCUGGGGCCCCCCAGGCGCAGGAGCAAAGGGCAGGGGGUGUCCUUGACUGUGUCCCGCAGCUGGUUUUGCUUCCAUGGUCCAAUAAAGGAGCUUCUGCCUCAA